AUGCCUCCUCGUCGACAAGGGCAGAAGUCUCAAGUUACCACUGUGCCUCCUCAUGCUGCUGUAACUCCUACUGCCGCUGCUCCAAUUGAUGCUACCCCCAUUGUUACCCCCAUCGCUGCCGCUAUUGCACCCAUUGCUGCCACUGUUGCGCCCAUUGCUGCCGCUGUUGCAUUGAAUGCAACUAUGCUUCAACACCCCCAAAGGCAAUGGCAACUGCCUCUGAGGUUCCGCAAUAAUAGCCCAGUUCGUACUGGCACUAGUCGCACGCUAGAUGACGGAGAAUACAUUGACAUCAGCAAUGUCUCCGGGGAUGAAGAAGAUAACUUGCCUGCACCCAGCAUUAGGGCUUCUCCAGUUCCCAGCCCUCUGCAGACAGUUACAAGUACCAUCUACUCCACCCAAGUCGAUCCCUUGGCUACGGGGAAGAUUCAGCUACUAAACGCAAGAUUUGCCGAAUUUGCAAGGUGGACUUUGGCAGCUAUCUGUGAAAGGCUCUGGGACCCUGUGUAUCACAUUGAGUCGCUCGGUACCAUCCCUAAUCAGGGACAUGGCAAUUUUCCGCCUGGAACCACCUUAUCUCUGGAUGAUUAUAUCCCAGAUUUCAGUAUUGAUGAGAUGCACCGUCAGUUGGUGAAAUUCAUAGUUGCGGAUGAUCAGGCAAGUUGA